GGGAAGGGUCGUCACUAGUCAGCCACAAAGUCUUAAAACCCUGAAUAUUUAUUCAAAGUAUCUUAUUAAAAUUCGAUUAUAAACCUAACUUUAACCUAAACCAUAUACUUAUACUUAAAUUUAAAUUACGAUCAAAAAGCACAUUUUUUUUUUUCAUAAAUGUUUACAAUAGGCCUGAAGCCAAUUCAGACUUUGUGGCUGUGGCAACUAGUGGAAACCCGCAGGGAGGUCUAGGAGGAGGGGACAUUUUCAGGUUGGGUACCGAUUAUCAAUUUUGGAACUGGGACUCGUUUCGUAGGAUCUAACCGUUAGGCAACAGGCAGUCUUCACAUCCCGUUAGCUAGUUUAUACAUUGAAUGAGAUAGAUGUAAUAGAAACGCAGCGAUAGACACGCAUAGAUGACAUGACAUAAGGGAAACGUUGAAAGAUAGAGCUAGAAAUUAGGUGCUCUAGCCAACAAUACGGCGAGACGGAGCGCAAUACAAGUGAAGUGAACCAACAGUGGCAAAGAGUCCAACUUGAUAUUGGAGGACGCAGUAUGCCUCUGGAACAGGCUUGUCUAAGUGGGCGAGAGCCACGUGCAACCAGUAAGAAUGCAGAGGACAGGAGCAACACUGCCACCCUGCUGGCCUCAAGGAGUACUGCAGACACAGAGUCCAACAGAAGAGGCUCUCGCUGUGGAUCUGAAAAAGAUUCUGGAUAUUCGGACAACAACAGCUGCACAGACUGGCUCCAUGCGGAUAGAGAGGACCAGGGCAGCAGCGUGAGUGAGCCCAGGGGAAGGGAGGGUCUACAGAGCCAAGUCAAGCCCGAGCAGGCCCCUCUCCAGGGGAAUCACACCCUGGUCCCCAGCCCCGGAAGCCCCGACCUCACUCCCAUAUUCAUCAUCAGGAACGUGGUGCUCAAACAGAAUGGCUCAGACCAUCACCUCCAGAACCAGCUAAACUGGGAGAACAGAGGAGGAAGCUCCAAUGACUCUGGCCCCUGUCAUAUGAUCCUGGUCCAGCAGCCCAGUGAAGCCUCGGCCGCAUCCCCAAAGCCCAACAGAACACAGUCCUGGAGAUCUGACAGCACAGCUAUGAAAACAAAAAGCAGAACCUACCUGCCCAUUCUUAAGUCCUACCCUCGUAUUGCUCCCCAUCCCAGUAAGAAGCCAUCAGACAUAACCCCAGUGGACCCCCAUGGUAAGGGGACUGGCAGGGAGGACCAGAGCCAGGACAAGAGGAUGUGUACAGAGGACAAGAGGGAUGAGGUGUCCACUACUACUCACUUACUGACACCAUCCAGAAAACAUGUCCGCAAGCAGCCAGACCCCAAGAGAAGCCUGUCCCACUGGAGGAGCCCUGCCUCCUCCCUCUCCCCCAGCCCCCGCUCUCCCUCCACACUUUCCAGCUUUGUCUCCCGCUCUAUGUCCAGCUCCGACACCACCACUGCCUCCUCCUACUCCUCUUCCGGUGGCUCCUCUCCCCUCUCGGCCAGGAGGUGGCCUAGCAGGCACGGUCCAGGCCUGUCCCUGUUCAGUGCGGCGCGCGACAGGCGCUUCCUGAACACGGUGGGCAUCCUCAGCCAGUCAGGCCUGCUUGACAUCACGCUGCGCACCCAGGACCUCCUCCGCCAGAGCAACGCCACAGACCGAGACAUCGCCCAGCUCCGCCAGCACACACAGCUACUGUACCAGGCCGCCAACCACCAAAACAACAACCCCUAUAACAAUGACCCUGAUAAUAAUGACCCCAAUGCCAACACAGCCAACGCGGGCUGGGAGAGGAUACACCAGGUUAUGGCUCAGUCAGGCUGCUAUCCCAGCCUCAAGAACCUGGGGAGGGAAGAGGAUCACAACACUUCUAGUCCAGAGCCAGGAGUGGGAGGGGACGCCAGGUUAUGGCUCAGUCAGGCUGCUAUCCCAGCCUCAAGAACCUGGGGAGGGAAGAGGAUCACAACACUUCUAGUCCAGAGCCAGGAGUGGGAGGGGACGCCAGUUUCAAGAGAGACUCAGUUGACCCUAAUAUUGCCACUCAUACCCACAAUGGGGUGGAGGCCCCGGUCCCACCCUCGUCCCUCCUGGCCCCCAUGUCAGAUAUGCUCCCACAGUACUGCCCUGUUUCCCUGUCACAGCAUUCUCCAGUCAGCGUCACCACGUCCCGCUCUCACUCUGGGCAGGCCAGUGCCAAACCCCCUGAGACAGUCACCAUCAUGCACCCUGACAGCUCCACCCAUGGUGGUCUUCUCUAGCACCUGCCCAAGGAAAGGCAGGGCACCCGGCCAGUUUGUAACCCUCUAACAGUCACUUCACUUCAGCUCCAACUAAAUUCCUAGAGUGGCUGAGGGGAAGAGGUUGAAGGUUUAAUGAUGCAUGAGACAAUGUCGACAGGACGGCACUAUGCCACACUGUGUAUUUCUGCACAGCGUCUGAGUACAUUUACAUUUAAGUCAUUUAGCAGACGCUCUUAUCCAGAGCGACUUACAAAUUGGUGCAUUCACCUACAAGACCUUGGUAUUGCCUACAGGGCAGCAAGAGGAACUGCCUCUCCCUACCUUCAGGCUCUACUCAUUCCCUACACCCCAACCCGAGGACUCUGUUCUGCCACCUCUGGUCUUGACUCCCUUUCCAAAAAAUGAAAAAUGCAGUACUACUCAUUGCCUGCCAUAAGAACUCAGCUUCAGCUUACCUUUUAGUGAGCUGAACAUCAAGACGUGCUUUUGGAUGAACUUCACUACGUAUAGAGAAAUUAUACUGACAAUGUACAUUCUUUUUGUAUUUGCCAUAUAUAAAACAGACUGACCAGGUAAAUUCAGGUGAAAGUUAUGAUCCCUUAUUUAUGUCAGCUGUUAAAUACACCUCAAUCAGUUAGUGUAGAUCAAGGGGAGAACACAGAUUAAAGAAGGAUUUUUUUGUGCCUUUUGAAUAUUUAAGUGCCUUUGAACAACAGGCUAUGGUAGUAGGUGCCAGGCGCACUGGUUUGCGUGUGUCAAGAACUGCAACGCUGCUGGGUUUU